AUGGCCCAGGUCGACCGCCGCAAGCGCUCGCUCGAGCAUGAGGGCGAUGCGCUGCCCGACCCGGUCACCGCCCGUAAAAAGCUCAAGACCUCCGACCUGCCGCUUACCCAGAAUAAACGCGCUGCCAUCGAGGCCAUCCUGCACACCUUCAAGAAGAAGGGCGAGUUCGACUCUCUGCGCAAGGAUGCAUUCAACAAAUUCGAGCAGAGUGAUGCAAAGCUCACCCUCAUCCAGUCGCUGGAGGAGCUCGGCGAGAGCGAGACCACCCGCAACCCCACCCUCCUUUCCAAAGACCGUCGUAUAGCCGCUCCCCUCCUGGAAGGCGCCGCUGAGCGUAGCGAAAUCUACCGCGCCGCUGAGACGCGUGUGCGCGACAUCCUCCACUCCGUCCUCGAGGAGCAAGCCGGCGCCGAGGCCCGCAUGCGCGAGAUCCGCCGUGCCGACAUUGGGGACGAGGCUGCAAAGGAAGAGCUUAUCCGCGGCAGUAAAUCAGAGGAGGAUUACUUGAGGGAAGCUGAGCAGCGCCGUGAAGUGCGACAGAAGGCCCGCGAUCUCCGCCUGGAGAUGGAGGAGCAGAGGGAGCGCGAGGAAAAGAAGAAGGCGGAGGAGGAGCGCCGCCGCAAGCGUGAAGAGGAGGAGCAGAGGGAGAAGGAGCGCCAAGAGCGCGAGGAAGCUCGCCGCAGACUGCGUGAAGAAAGAGAGGCCGAGCGUCAGCGCGAGUAUGAACGCGCCCGCGAAGAUCGCAGGGAGAGGGAAAGACAAUGGGAGCGUGAACGGGACGAGAGGCGUGAAAGACGGCGUCGCGAGGAGGAGGAAUAUGAUCGUGAACGCUCCCGCCGCUAUGACAGGGACCGAGACCGAGACAGACGCCGCAGGUCGACAAGCAGAGACACGAGUAGAGGCAGAUACAGGGCCCGGAGUAGAGACAGAAGUAAGGACAGAUACAAGGAUAAGAGCAGGAGUAGGGACAAGCACAGAGAACGGAGUAAGGAAAAGCGACGAUCCCCCAGUCCGGAGGCACAUCAUUCUUCUCCUGAGCGCAGCAAGCCGGCUGAGGAUGCCGAGAAGGUUGAGAAGACUGCUGAAGAGGUCAAGAUCUCCGAUGAAGAGGCCCUCAGCCUACUUCUCGAAGAGAGCAAAGCGCUGGAGAAAUCCCGCCAACGCCCCGAAUUGGAGCGCUCCAGUUCCUUAGAGCCGCCCAGCCGCAAGUCAUUGGUCCCUAAGUCCAUCGUACCACGCGACCCUGCAGCUCAGCGCCUGGCGAGACUGGAUUCCAAAGAAAAAGCGCCCAUUUCCUCUCCAACUACGCCGAAGCCCGAGGACACGAGCUUGAAAAAGGAAGAACCCCCUAGUCUCAAGAAAGAAGAGUCCACUAAGGAAGAUGCUCGAUCUGCCCGCGCCCCUUCCGUUGCGGGAUCUAUCCGCUCCUCCCGUGCCGAACGUGACCACGACCGCGAGUCACGCCGCGGCGGCCGCUCUCGCUCCAGAGACAAAGAUUCUCACCGGGGCGCUCGCUCGCGCUCACGUAGCCGUGUCACUACCUCGCGCCGCAGCCGUUACCAUUCGCGCUCCCCAAGCGUCGCCCGUUCGUCCCGCUACGAUGACGACCGCCGUCGCUCCAGCCGCUACUACGAUGCUCGCGACCGCGACCGGGGCGACCGGUACGACCGGCGUAGCAGCUACCGCAACCACUCGCGGAGCCCGUCCGGCGGGCGCUACCGCGGCGGAAGUCGGAGUCCAGCGCCACGGAGGAGCGGCUACAGGGGUGGUAGGUCGAGGAGCAGGAGCCCGCCCGAGACAGACAGGUAUGUACCGGGGAGUGGAAACUCGAGAAGGGACAGAGAUAGGGAUCGGGAUCGGGACCGGGACUUCAGAGAUAGAGAUCGUGACCGCGAUCGUGAUAGGGAUAGGGACAGGGAUCGAGACUACAGGAGCCGUGGUGACAUUGACCGAUACAUUCCGGGCGGUGGCAGGACAGGAGGAGGGAACUCAAGGGAUGAUCGGAACAGGAGCAGGGAGAGGGAUAGGGAUCGAAGGAGAGAGAGGAGCAGGAGUCGGAGCAGGGGCUCGAGGCGUUAA